UGUAGUGAUGCCUCCAGCACUGCGAAGCAGUGACUUAGACCACUGUGCCACUCAGGAUCCCUUUGUAACCACUCAUCAGAUGCCUGCCUGCCUUGAUAAGUAUUUUUUCUGCAGAUAAUUGCAAGCUUGCCUGAGGCGUAGGGGUUGUAAGGCAUAGGAGUCGUAAGAGCUGUCUGUAGCUCCUUUUCCCAGCCACAAUCUAAAUAGUUUUCAGGGUAGGAUGGUUCAUCUUAUUUGAUUGUUUUCUUUGUCUUAAUCAGACGCCUGUCUAAGAUGACCUUUGCCUCUCCCUGAGUCGUAUGCUGCUGUCUAUGCAUAGAGAGAAAAAAAACAUGCUGCAAUGUUGUUUAAAUGAAGUAGUGUACUCUCCUCUCAAGGGCUUUGUGAUGUUGUUUGUAGCUGAAAGACUUGAAGAGGCAGCUACAGCUGGAGAGGAAGAGAGCUGAUAAACUCCAGGAGCGGCUACAGGAGAUCCUCACCAACACUAAGACCAGGACAGGCCUGGAGGAGCUGGUGUUGUCAGAGAUCAGCUCUCCUAGUCCUAAGCAGCAGAGGGGUGAUAGCAGCAGUGUCUCGUCCUUCAGCUACGGGGAGAUCAUGAAGGAGGGAGCCACAUCACAGAGCAUCAACAAGUCCGCCAGCGGCAGCCCCCAGUCCCAGCGACCUGCUGACCUGUCUGAUGAUGAGGUUGGGGAGCUGUUCCAGAGGCUGGCUGGGGUGCAGCAGGAGAAGUGGAUGUUGGAGGAGAAGGUGAAACACCUAGAGGUCAGCUGCUCCUCCAUGGCUGAUGACAUCUGUAAGAAAAGUGCUAUUAUCGAGACCUAUGUCAUGGACAGCAGGAUAGCACAUGGUGCACAUGGUGCAACGGCGGUUGCCCAUCACGUGGGCCAGGUGGGGGGACAUGGUCAUGGCUUGGGCUCUGUGCUCAGGGACCUGGUGAAGCCUGGGGACGAGAACCUGCGGGAAAUGAACAAGAAGCUGCAGAACAUGCUGGAGGAACAGCUGACCAAGAACAUGCAUCUACAGGAGGUGGGCCACACUACAGGAGGACCUUGAAGUUCUGUCUCAGGAGAUUGUCCAUUUAAGUAAAGACUCAAGUCCUGGAGCUGGCUCAGCUACGUGCUAAAAGACUGGAACAAUUCCCUCCUCUCUGCACUCUCUCAUCACCUGUUUCUGUGGCCAACAAGAGGACAUUACCUAAUUGACUGACUGAACCUCUGGCUGGGAACACAGAUGAAAGGAGAGGGAUAGAGGGGGGUAUGAAGGGGUUAGUGCUCUUGAAACUGCUUUACUACUGAAUAUACUUACUGUAACAUGUCUUGGUUCUUUCUGUGGUAUUGUGACCUGACUUCUGUCUGUCUGCACUCUCUGCCUCCCCACUCUGGUGUGAUCUGAAGAAUGGCGGAAGGCAACAAUAUCUGGAUGCCAGGACACAGUGCUUUACUGGUUCACGACUACAAGAGAUUGUUUAAUGUUGCGAAUAACAAGACACAUUCUGCUUACUCAUACAGAGGCUUAAGCUUUUGUUUUGCCUGUACUCGUAUUCAUUUCUUUAUACUUUCAACUCAACAACUCUUGUUUUUGUUUGUAUAAAUCCUGUAUAUAUGAAAAAUCAACUGGAGUAAUUUAACUGUACUCAGAGUAAUAAGUAUUGUAUAUGAGCCAAAAUGAUUGUAAAAUAUUUACGUCCGUCAUACAUUCCAGAUGCUGAAAUGUCCAGUUUGAGUUUGUCUGGGGAAAGUGUGAGUAUCUUAGAGCCAGUAGUAAAAAAACAAUUAAAUCAAUAACAUGCAUAGUGUUGAGGACUGGACCAAAACACCACUGUUUCUUGGGGAAUGGACAAAACCACCCUGUGUCCACUCACUGAGUUAGAGCUCUAUGCUCGUUUCCUUUUAUUCUGCACCAGGCACAAGUCCCGUGACUGCAGCAGAAGCACGGAGGAGGCCUUGGCAGCUCAGCAUCUGGUGUCAACAUGAACAUGAUGUCCAACUCCACAGAGACUGGCUAGAUGCCUGCUUUGUGGCCUGCUUUCAAAAUGUCACUGUGGCUGCUUUCUCUGUCCCCAAUUAAGACUCCAGGUGUGGUUAGAUUUGCAGAUUAAAUUCCGGCUUAACUCCACUUUGAUAUUUUCUGAAAAUAUUAGAUUCCAAAUAAAUGAGGAAGCAGAGGAUUCUCUGUGAUGAGCAGAUACAUUUGUUUGAUAACUCAUCUCCCCCUGGCUGAGGUCUAACAACAGUGUCAGUUGUUCAACUCUUCCUUCACUCUGACAAAGCUCAUCAGUGUGCUCACUGAGUUCAACAUGGACAGGAAACUCAUCACCAAUAUUUAUUAUCUGGCAUCAAUACCUGGCCAUUACUGUGUGUCAGAAGAACUGGCCCCAUGCUCUGUAGGGAUGGCCAGGAUGAGGGAAACAUGGAUCAUGUGAAGCUGUGCCUUCUAUUUCACCUGUCUUUGACUCACUUAGCAAAUGUCUUAUUUUAAAUGACUUCAACAUGACUGAACAGCAGUAGCUGGGCAGAUCAGAUGGUAUAACACAGUGUGGUCUAACACAGCGUGCAUACCUACCUGUGUUAGCCUUUUAUACUUUGAGACAUGUUUCCCUUAUCUGAGAAUGUAUGCACUCCGUGAACACUUGUUUUGGAACGAAACAGAUUGGUCAUUGGAAGCCCCCCCCCCCCCAAGAAUGUCUUCUCUUAUGUACAAGUAAGACUGGGUGAUAUAUCAAAUGAAUGAUAUAUUCAAAUAUAUUUUUUGCCGCGAUGUUUCAAAUGCCCGUAUCACAAGAAUCUAGGUUUUUAUUUUAUGUUCAUUUUUAUGAGCGUUUUAUGUAUUUUUGGUCUCUUCUCACUCCACAGACACCAAUCCCCUCCCCCUCCACUCACAACAAAGACGAAAGAUAACUUCUUCAUCUCAUACCAUUUACAGACAGACUUUACGGUAUGUUGCUUGUUUAAAAAUAAAAUAAAAUCAGGUAAUGUUUUUUAGAGCCCAAUUCGUACAGUCCAAUUUUUUGCCACGUUCUUGCCGGGAUAAGCCUUUUAUACCUCCCGUGCACAUGCCGGCAAGAUUAGGAGUGGGAGUAGUAUUUUAAUAAAUUAAUUGAAUGUACACCAUCACAAAUACGUUUUUGGCAGGUCCUAAGAAACAAAAGACUAAAAAUAUGUUUUCAAAAGAAUAGAAUGGCAUAUUUUGAGUUGGAAUUAUGUUACUGGUCUGUGCAGCCUAUAUUCUAAAUGGCUGCGCCAUGCACAUGAAACCAAUAGUGAUUUUGUUCCUUAAACAGGCAAGACACACCAGGCUACCCUGAUCACAAUCAACACACAUAUACAGCAUUUUAGAAUAGGCUAAGAAUAUCAUUAAAUAUAACGGUAUAAAAUACAAUUCAUAUUUUUCCCAAACAAUUUGCACCACAUCAAACUGCUGUCAUGUUAAAAAAAAAAAGAAGGAUAUUUUGUAAGGUAAGCCCAUGCUUUUAUGAUAUCCAAUUGGUAGUUACAGUCUUGGGAGAGGCGAAGAUCGAGAGCCAUGGUCCUCCGAAACACAACCAAGCCACACUGCUUCUUGACACAACACCUACUUCACCCGGAAGCCAGCCACACCAAUGUCUGGGAAACACCGUUCACCUGGCGACCGUGUCAGCGUGCAUGCGCCCGGCCUGCCACUAGAGUGCGAUGGGACAAGGACAUCCCUGCCGGCCAAACCCUCCCCUAACCCGGACUACGCUGGGCCAAUUGUGCGCCGCCCCAUAGGUCUCGCCGCCUGGACUCGAACCAGGAUCUCUAGUUGCUCAGUUAGCAAUUUCAAAAUACGUUAUUCUGCAAACUUUUUGCAGAGUGACUUACAGUAGUGAGUGGAUACAUUUAAAAAAACGUUUUCCCGUACUGGUAGCCUGUGGGAAUCGAACCCACGACCUUGCCGUUGCAGGUGCCAUUCUCUACAAACUGAGCCACACGGGACAUUUACUGUGGGAAUAAAUAUCACUGAAUUAUGAAAAUAUUGGAAUAUAGUAGGCUAAUGCAUUGAAGGCAUCGAAUUGUUGCUUACUGAAACUCCCAAAGUCAAUAAAUUAUUAUUACAUUUACAUUUAAGUAAUUUAGCAGACGCUCUUAUCCAGAGCGACUUACAUUUUUAACCUUUAUUUAACUAGGCAAGUCAGUUAAGAACAAACUCUUAUUUUUCAAUGACGGCCUAGGAACAGUGGGUUAACUGCCUUGUUCAGGGGCAGAACGACAGAUUUGUACCUUGUCAGCUCAGGGAUUUGAACUUGCAACCUUUCGGUUACUAGCCCAAUGCUCUAACUACGUGCUUCUACACCUGCAUUCUAGCUGUUUGGGGUUUUAGGCUGGGUUUCUGUACAGCACUUCGAGAUAUUAUCUGAUGUACGAAGGGCUAUAUAAAAUAAAAUUGAUUGAAAUUGA